AUGGAAUACUCCGGCUUUGUUGAAGAAUAUCCAUGCAGCGCCUCAGAUAUUGAUAGGUAUGCAUCUAUAUCCGACGAGGACGGCAAGUUCUGGGGCUCUGCUCUCCCCGAGCAUUUGCGACUACCCAUGCCGGUGAUUGCACCAGGACUAGCAAACCCAGAUGUGCCCAUCGCGCCGAUGACAUCGGGGGAAAAUGAUCCUUUGCAUUCCGAGGUCACUCCGCCUCAAGAUGACCAAUUUCUUAUGCCCAACGAGGACAAUGCAGCAUCUUCGUUGCAUGCUUCACAUUCAUUGGCGCCAACAAGCCCAGCUGAACCAAUGGGGCCGAUGGCACCGCAGUCAUCUUCCGACGAUGAGUAUCUGGCCCUCUUGGAAACUUUAAAUAGUCAAAUUCUUCCGCCCAACCAUGACAAUGACGCAUCCUUCUUGGAUGCUUCAUAUCUUGAUUCAUAUCCAUCGGCCCCAGCAAUCCCCACCGGAUCAAUAGGGCCGAUUUCAGAGCAGCCAUUUCCCCUCGAGGAAUAUUCGAAUUUUACGCGCACAAUCAAUCCCCCAUCUUUCACACCCAGUCUGGUCGACGAAAGCUCCCCAUCCUCACUGCAAUCAUAUGCAUCUCCAUCAACGAACCCGGCUGGAUCAAAUGCGCUGAUACAACACGUGGCGCUUACUCCUGACCAAUUCGAACAAUUUCAGGCUUCAAAUGCAUUUCCCACUGCCAUUCCAUGCACGACCAACUUCUCCGAAGGCUGCCCCCCUUUCUUGGCAUCAGAUCCAUGGACUUCGACCAACCUGGCAGGAUCAGCUGCACCGGUGGCAGUGCGCCCUCAACGCGACUCUUCUAGUACAUCCCCGUAUGCAUCGGCGCAAUACGCAAACCCUAGUGCAUUCAGUCCGCAGGCGAUAGGCACACAUGAUCAGUUUGAUGCCCGUCAGUUCACGCCCAGUGUAGCAAAUGGCGGCCAGGAGACAACGUUCCGGUCCUCACAUGGUGUAGCUCCUCAACUGCCGCGCCAUGUAAAUGGUAUCCCAGCCGCGGCAGCCGGCAUAGUUGCCCCCGGCCCCUCUUCCCUUCCCAGCCAAGGGGACUGUGGUGCCGCAUUCCAAACGACUGCUGAUGUUUCCCAGUCGGUAAAAACAGGGAAGGCAAAUGGCAAACGAGCCGCUGAACCGACGGAAGCUGAUCAGUCAGCCAAACCGCGCAAUAAGAAGCCACGUUGCAUGCUAGGUGAAGAUUCAGCAGUGGAUAAGCAUGUGCUCGAGUGGCCGCAUGGGAAAUUGCAAUGCCUUGUCUGUCUCAACCAGGGCGUUGUAAAAGUGUAUGAGAGGAAAGAUCUUUACAACCUGAGGCGGCACAUAAGGGGUCCGCAUAAAAUUGAUCCGGGAUCCUCGCAUGAAUGCACGUUCUAUCCUUGCAAUAGAACUUACAAGCACUUAAGCGACCUGGUGAAACACCAGGCGAAGUGUAAACAUCGUCCUUAG